CAGUCACCGCGCGAAUCCAGUCGUCAAGAACCAAGUCAUCUUUCUACUACUAACCCUAGUACACGAUCGUGUAUCUUUGUGUGAUCAGAGGACGUGGCUAGAGGUGGCAGCUUCCUGGUUGCGACUCUCUCUAUGUUUGCCACGCCCUGAUCCGAUUCUUCGCCCGACCCUAUCAUCACUCCCGAAUUCAGCCUAUCCGAUACCUCCUUCCCUGACCAUGGCGGCUGCCCCCAUGCCGUCCCUCCCCGUCCACGAAGGACUCAUCGACGCUCCUCUGGACAAGCAUGACGCCGCAUCUCUCCCACCCCCUCAGGUCCAUACCCCUCCCACAACUGACGAGGCGAGCCAUAAGGACGAUGACGCAGCCUCGAGUUCCUCCCUCUCCGAUCUCGGCGACGAUAUAGAAGAUGAAGAAAACAGAAUGAGGUUCGAAGAAGCCGCCCGAGCAGGUGCGGAGGCAGAACAAUUCUCAGAAGUAAAGCCUGAUCGUUACGAAAAUGGUGUCCCUAUCUUUACUCCGACAAUGGAACAAUUUAAAGACUUCCAGAGAUACGUCAAAGGAGUUGAUCCCUAUGGAAUGCAGUCAGGCAUUGUGUUGAUCGAUCCCCCAGAGGAAUGGAAACGGGCGCGCAAAGCUCUGGAUGAUCAGAUCAAGGCCAUCAGAAUCAAAAACCCCAUCAUGCAAGAAUUUCAUGGUGCGCAAGGUAUUUACACCCAGCGCAACAUUGAGAAAAUGAGAUCCUACAACCUACCACAAUGGAAAUCGACGUGCGAGCAGACAGAGAACCAGCCGCCAGCCAGACGUGGAGAGAAGCGUCUGAAUGCGGACAAAUUGCUCGGGCGAGGCAGCAUCAAGAAUCGGAAAUCUGAAGCCUCAACAACUCCAGAAACUGGCAAGAGAAGGGGUAGGCCACCGAAGCAUAUCAAACAAGAGCCGAUCGAACAAGAUUCGACACUGCGCGCCCCUCCGACUCCAACAAGUCCUGAAGUCAAGCCGAUCGCACUGGAAAGCGAAGAGACCGAAGAUAAGAGCAACGAAGCGGCAGAGUCUACACCAACCAAAGGCAAGCCAGGAAGGAAGCCCGGCAGGCCUAGAGGAAGGCCCCCCAAGAGCACAACCGCCAAGAGAGAAAAUGGGAACAAGGGUGCUGAGACAACCGUUGCCGCGCGAAGAUUGAGAAAUGCUCGCGAAGCCAAUGACGACAUUGACGAAGAGGCGUUCAAGGAUUUUGACUACCGAGUUUAUGACAAUGAUCAGUGGACAGCUGAACGCUGUGAUGAGCUCGAGGACAAGUACUGGAAGAGUCUCAACUUCAGCAACCCAAUGUAUGCCGCAGAUAUGCCUGGAUCACUUUUUGACGACGACACCAAAGAAUGGAACGUCGCCAAGUUACCCAACUUACUGGACCUUCUUGGACAACCCAUUCCCGGUGUCAACACUGCAUACUUGUACCUGGGAAUGUGGCGGGCAACCUUUGCAUGGCAUCUGGAGGAUGUGGAUCUUUACAGCAUCAACUACAUUCAUUUCGGUGCACCGAAGCAAUGGUACAGCAUUUCACAGAAAGACGCUCCAAAAUUCGAAGCAGCGAUGAAGACUCUUUGGAGUUCGGACGCAAAGAACUGCGAUCAGUUUUUGCGCCACAAAACCUAUUUGGUCUCUCCGUCCAUCCUGAAGUCGAAGUUUGGAGUCACCGUCAACAAGGUUGUUCAUCGCGAAGGUCAAUUUGUCAUCACAUUCCCAAUAGGAUAUCAUUCCGGCUACAACUUGGGCUACAACUGUGCAGAGUCAGUCAAUUUUGCGAUCGAGAAUUGGCUGCAAUACGGCAAGACUGCUCGCAAGUGCCAGUGUGAGGCCGACAGCGUCUUCAUUGACGUGGACUGGUUCGUUCGGAAGAUGAACGGCGAACCCACUCCAGAAUAUGAGGAAGUCGAGGUGACCGACGACGAAGACGAGCUAGAUGAGCCAUCAGAUCUUCCAACGCCGCCAAGUAGCGAUCGAGGCAAGAUCAAGCUGCCACAGAAGAGGAAACGUGGAACCAAGGAUCUCGGGCCGAACAAGAAAGCCAAAAAGGUCAUCAGGAUCCGAAAAGUCAGCAAAAACCAGCCCUGCUGCUUGUGUCCGAACGAUUUUGCCUGGGAAGAACUUUUGCAGACCACCCACGGCCAGAGAGCCCACAGAACCUGCGCAAUGUAUACCCCCGAGACGUAUAUCGCUAACAAGGACGGCAAAGAGAUGGUGUACAAUGUCGAAAACAUUCGCAAGGCUCGUCUGGAUCUCAAGUGCUACGAAUGCCGACAGAAGAAAGGUUCAUGCUUCCAGUGUUCGUCGGCCAAAUGCACCAAAUCUUAUCAUGCUACUUGUGCCAUGCAAGCUGGUGUGCAAGUCGACAAAGGAGAGAUUGCGGUCUGGCACGAAGGCGUGGAGUACCGUGACAUCGGCUUCGAUUGGAGAUGCCGUCUCCACCGCACUGUGAAGCGGACGAGAAUCACGAGUGAGCUCUCAGCCUGCAACCACGCCAACAGCUGCUGGCAAAACGCGGAGUUCCGAGAGUUCUUGUUUAACCUCAAAGCUGGAGAUCUGAUCCAGUUCCAAGCGACCAACGCCGACGACAUCGAAGCUGGCCUCGUGAUUGCUGGCUACGAUGAAGGCCAAGAUUCAAUUUUGGUCAAGGUCCUGUCAGAUGUGAAGAUCGUCAAGGAAGUCGACCCAAGCUCCAUACUCUUUGUUGACAGUGCGACUUCCUGUCUGCAGAGACCCUCGGCCAAUGCCCUUGAGCUCCCUGAGAAUCUUCAGGGCAAGGCUGCUUCUUUUCCGGAAUCCACUGAGAAAAAACCGAGUGCAGGUGAUGUCUUCACCGAAGAGCCUAGGACUGAAUGGGCAGAAUUUGUGUCGGCAGAGCCGCCUGUCAACAUGGGUCAGAAGCCUGUCGAUCUCUCAAAGGACAAGCAAGUCUGGCUCUACCUUGGCGCCUCUUCUUCCGACGCAAAGGCUCAUUAUACAGCUGAUCCGGAUAAGCGCGUCCAUGAUUCCGCAUCAAACUUUCUUGACCUUGUCACACCCCGCAAAUCUGUCAUGGCUCCACCUCCUCAACCUAAACGCCAUUCUCUUGCUGCUAGCUAUCCCGUGCUGAAUGUGGCUGCCAGGAAUGCAGCAAUGGCGAACAUGAGGCAGAGCCUGACCAGCACACAGAAAUUGUCGCCUACAAUUCCAGGGACCUUUAGUGGGACAACGCAGAAUCUUACAAUGAACAAUGGUCAAGAAAAGCCUAGCAAUGCUCAGAAACCGGUCCAGCAGAAGCCUGGACUGGUGAAGCCGUCACACUACCGGGACAUGAUGACUGGCCAAGAGGCUCGCCUUAACGAACAAGCACGCAUUCUUCAGCGACAGCAGGCUAAAGCUCGUCAAUUGGAUGCGGCCGAGAGGUCAGACACGACGGGCCACUUCAGCAUCGGAAUCGAUCAAGAGGCCGUCCAGCGCCAGAGACAGUUCCAACAGCAAGCAUCUCAACAUGCUAAGCACAUGAAGGAGUCGUCCAAUGAUCCUUCGCUGCCUCCACUGAAACAAUAUGAGCAGUUUCCCAGUUUCAAUCCCAUGGGCACAGCAGGAACCUAUGGUGGGCCAGCCAUGAUGAAUACGAAUUUUCGAUCGCAGCAAUUUCAGUAUAGCAACGACUGGAUGAAUCCUAAUGCUGCCAACGAAAGGUCAAAUUUUGGUACUCCUCAAACGAUGGGCAUGAACUCUAUGCUAUCACCCCAAACGAAUCAGUAUCAGUCAUCGUCAGCCUCGACCAUGCCCUUUCCUGGAUAUGUGCAGCAGUCCCACCUACAUUUCCCCUAUUCAAGUCAGGCCACAAACACCGGGGCGGCAAACAGCCCAUAUCAACCUGCGACUAUGGAGACUAUCCGAGCGGCUGCAAAUCAACCACCGCCGCCGCCUCCUUCUGCUGAGGUGGAACGUCGAAGACGCAUCUCUAACCCUGCCUAUCCCUUCAAGAGUCCAGAUCAGAUCAAGGCACAGAAAGAAGCCGAGAAGAAGUCUCCCCCGGGGAGCAGACCGACAAGCUCCUAUAUGCUACCGAGUCCGAGAUUACAACACGACAACUAUCUGCAUCCCAGCUCAUCUGGAAGUCCAAUUCAGCCUCUCGAUCCUCAGAACCCGCCUCAAUUCAUCAACCCCAAUGCGACACAAAUCAGUCCUCCAGGUUCAAGUGCCGGACAUCGUUCCGCCCGUGCGAGCUUCUCCGGCUAUGGGACACAAUCCCUUACUCCAUCAUUGCCCGCUGGGGUGAAAAGAUCCUUCUCAAUGGAUAUGACACUACCAGACAUGGCUCCGUUUCCGGCCGCGUCCUUCCCCAUAAGUGGUUAUGUUCCCAAGCGAUCAAUGUACGAUCCUCUAGGUAACAUGAACGCCUUUGCACAGUCGAAACCUCAAAUCUCGGAAAUGCCAAUGGCUCAGCCCUCUGUGCAAUUGACCGAGAGCCUGGAGAAACGGCCGGUCGGAAUGAAUGGUUUGCAGCUCAAUGACCGCGCGGUUCCCAAGCAGUUGAUCAAUUGGCGUGAUCGGGGUGGAUUUUGGGGACGUGUGUCAACGUAUUAUAUUCAGAAGCACGAAGCUGCGGCAACUGUGUACAAGUCGCCAUUUAUGGCAAUGAGUCAGCAAAAUGAUCCUGAGACGCUAGCCGAGCGGUACUAUCAGAGUUUAGAGUCUGAGCAGAAGGUGAAGAUCGAUAUGUUCCGGCAGGGCAGGCUGGGAUAAGUGAUCAAUUGGUUUGACACUCUUAUGGGUAGCAUUGCAUGCAGAAGUGUGAAGCGGCCUGACUCGUUACGGCACGCCUGCUCCUGUAUGCCGCCGUACGGACCUGUUGAGAUGGAUGAAUGACUUGGUGGAGCAGAAAUGGUGGGCCUGUGCCAGUUCAAUAUGUCUGACGAACAGCUUCGUCGAGACUGUACCUCACCAUCACCAUCAGAGGAUCAAAACAAAAACAUUUUUCAAACAGCCCAAAAACCAAAUACAGAUGGAAAGUUACACUGCAUCACAUUUUGUUCGAUAUACUUAUAUUUGCCUCGCGGCUUCUAUGAGAGUGGUGGAAUGAGUCACGGUUAUGAAUAUGAAUAUGAAUAUGCAGCGGCAUGUAUAUAUGGGCUGAUGAGAGGAUGAGUCGAUGAGUCGAUGGCAAUGGCAGAACACAUGCUGAACCCGAAAAGGGGAGGGGAAGGCGUUUUGGCUGCGAGGUGUGAAGUAGGCUCAUACACAGCCACCGUACAUCGGUACACCCUACCCACCUUACUUACCUACCUAGGUACGUUACAGGGCUUGAUAGGCGUGAUCACGCAUGAGCACCCGAAAAAUCAGAGAGGACUUUUUAUUUCAAAGCCUUGUUGUGCCUCUUGAUUUCACUUUACUUCUCAUUUCAGUCUACCAAAAUAUGCGUGAUCCCGAAACGCGAAACAACUUGGCUGUCAAUCU